AAUUGCAUUUUCGAAGUUUUUCCAUGAAUAAUUAAAAUGAUGUGCCGGCAAGUUCUCCCUGACACGAACGGAAUCGAACAGAUUUAUAUCGUAAAAUCUGAACCAGGCACCGAUGGUGAAAAUGGGCCUGGCCUGAUGGCCUCGGAAGAUGUGGACGAAAUAAAGCAGGAACCACCGAGUGACGAUGAAGAACCAGAAACGGAUGUCAUUCGGAAGGAGGAAACGAAAAUAAAAGCUGAAGCAUUAGAUGAAAGCGAGGAAGAAUCCAACUAUUCUGCCUGCCUUGAAAGAGAUGAGGGAGAUUCAGGAGAUUUAGAUUCAGAUCGAAUGUCUACGAAACGGAGAUCUCUUAAGAGAAAAUCUAAUGGAAAACAAGUUCCAAUCGAAAUAAGGCUAGCACGCUCAGAAAAACGGUUUGCGUGCCACUGUGGGAUGACCUAUCGGAAGGAGAGCCUGCUGAUACAACACAAACAUAUUUGCGAUAUCCCGGAAGAUAUAGCAGAGAGCACGUGUCGCUUUUGUCAAUUAUUAUUCACUGACUACUCUAACUUGUUGGAUCACGUCAGGCAGCUUCACGGACCAGGAAUGCCAGAAACGAAGUGCAGUUUUUGUUCGGAAUGGUUUACGAAUGUCUCAUCCUUGGUAAUUCAUGAGCUGCGUCACCAACAAUCAAAUGUUCUCAAGUGCGACCAAUGUAAUCGCAUAUUUAGACAGCAGACCAAUUUGCAACGACAUCUGAAGGAACACCAAAACAAAGUGGAGAUUUUCGCUUGUGACGAUUGCGGGAAAACUUUUACGCUGAGCAUUAAUCUAGAAAUUCACAGACGAACUCACAGCGGAACCCGACCCAGUUUGUGUGAUUUGUGCUCAAAGUGUUUUUACUGCCCGAGCAGUUUGAGGCUCCAUCGGCUAACGCACUACAAAAAGCACCUUCAAGAAACGACGAAGGUAUCUGGAAAAACAGCUUGCGGAGAGAACGAGUCAAAUAUUAUCAAAUUUGCAGGAAAAAAGGAGUUUUGAAGUGUGAUAUUUAAGUUGCAGAUUACAGAUAUGCCCAGUAUGAAAAAGAUC